GUUGCCGAUUGAAUGGCGGAUUGUUUUUGCAAAGAGUUAAGUCAUGAAGAUCUAAUCUAAAGACAUAUGGGUGUUGUGAUAAAUUAUUAUUGUAUAACGGAUCGUUAGACAUUUUCGGUAUGUGUGAAAAAUUUUGGGAACCUUUAGCUGAAGUUUAUAUAGCUGAACAGGCGGAGUCCCUCGACUCUGACAAUUACAUUUAUUGUCUUUGUAGUAGAGUGUUUAUCAGAAAUCCAGAUGUUUAUACAAUUCAGACAACCGAAGAUGGGAGCGAAUGUGAAGAUGUUGAAAAGGAUUGCGUGGGGGAAAUGUUAGAUAUCUCCAAAAAAACCAACACAGAAAUACAAUCCGUAGAGAAACACGACGAAGAACCUGUAAGUUGUUAUUGCAGUGCAUCACACACAGACAACAAUUAUUCAACCGAUGAACAUGAUUCCAUUCGUGAUUCAGCCCAUCGUGUGACAGCUCAUAGUCUUACGCAAAAAUUAGGUCUACAUCAAUCAGAUUCUGGUGCAGAUUUGUCAGAAUAUCAUGAUCAACAUGAAGCUAAAAGUAUACAAAAUCUUUUAGCAUCUUAUGGAAAAACAUUUCAUUCAUCUGAGAACGAAGUUGAAAAUGGUUUUGAUAAUGCGGAAGCAUUUACGAGGUAUCGCGAAAGCAGAAAUUUAGAAAUCAAGUCUGAAACAUUAAAUGUUGAUUCUGAAAAUUCUUGUAUCGAAGACACGUCAGCCUUAAGCUGUAAUACCUCUAAUCGCACAAAAAACAAGUAUCAUACCAAAUCCUCAUCGUUUAUUUUAGGAGAAAAAGAUUCAAUAGCACAACCUUUAUCAUUAAAUUUUAUGGCAAUAGAUGAUAUACAAGAUUCCAGCAAAAAUGAAAAUAAUACAGAACAUACUGUGCACAAUUAUACAGAAAUUUCCGAUGAUUUUUCUUAUACAGAAUACUUCCAAAAUAGUAAAAGUAAAAUGGAUAUUGCUUGGGAAAAGUAUUGGUACAAAAAUGGGGAACAAUUAAUAUGGUCAUCGUGGAUUGAAAAGUAUGCUGAAUACAUUAAUCCUGAUUAUCUUCAAGAAAAUUUAAAUGUAAAGGAAGAAGGAAAAUUAAAUGAAAGUAAACAAGCAAGUAUAGACAAAUUUUCUGAACAAAAUACCUGUUUCCCUAAUCAAGCGCACAAAAAUUGUGAAAUUGGUCGUUCAGAUUUUGAAGGAAUCUUUAGUAAAAGUAGCGUCAAUGAAAAUGAAUCCAAAAAUAAUAAAAGUUCCAAUUUUUCAUUCGACGAGCCAAAUAAACAAAAUGUUGUUAAUGACAAAGAUGCGGAAGAUAAUAGGAAAAAAUUGACUAAUUAUGAAUUAUCACCUGAAGCAGGUGAAGGUUGGAAUCCAUUAAGUCCAUUUAGUGCGGAAGAAAGUUAUAAUCAACAUUCUAAUGCAGAAGAUGAAAGGUUAUUAACAAGAUGUGACUCUAUCAAUGGAUCCACAGCUAAGACUAAUGCAACAUCUGAUUCUAUGACUAAUGUCACCAAAAUGACAUUAACCAGUUCUAGCUGUGAUUCCAAUUCUAUUCAUUCAUCUAGUCUUAUUAGUUCUGUAACUAGUUCUAUUGAAAGUAACAUUACAUUUAGUAGUUCUGAUCAAGAUAAUGAAUAUGUAUCUGAGGACAAUGAUAAAUAUUGGCAACAUUUGUGGAAAGAAAAUUUUCAAUUGGAAUAUCAAAAGCAAUAUGAACUAUUUAUAGCAAAAUACAAGCAAAUAGAAUCUUUAAAAGUCGAUCAUGUUUCUUCUGCUUUUAAGGUUAAUGAACAAAUAACAUGGAAGACCAAUAGUGAUAUUCAAGCACGUGAAGACAAAUCUACAGAGAAUAAUAUUGAACAAGUGAACAAAAAUAUCAAUAUAGAUGAUAAAAAAGUAAAAACAAAUACGGUAGUAAGUAAAGAUUUAAAAAAUAAAAAACGAAUGAUCAUAGAUUCAGUUGGUAUGCUCAUGCAAAGUCUAACAAUGAAUUCCGAAGAAGAGGUUAUGGUUGAUCACAACAAUACAAAUGGUGCAGAAAAUUCACAACACCCUGACGCAGCAAGUGCAUUAAACAGAAAAAAUUCUGCUACAUCAUCUAAUAAUAAUGGAUUAACGCAAACAUUGUCUAGUGGAAAUGAAAAAGAUAAAUCAAACGACGAUAGACCUUUUACAUUAAAACGAAGUCAUGAAGCUGAUAACGACGAUGUAGGAGAAGGUUUAGAAACAGUAAAAAAAGCUUUUUCAUUAAUGGGUUAUACCUUCAAUGAAAGUCAAGAACAAACUAAAUUACAAGGUGAAGUCAUUUAUAGAAAAAGAAAUAUUAGAUUGCAAAAUAGGCAAUUAAAAAUGAAGUUUGGUCGUUCUAAACCUAUUAACAAACAUAUAUAUUUUGAUGACCAUGGUGUCGAAAUCACAGACACCAUAGAUAAGGUUAAACGUUAUUUAUCGUAUUGUCCAGCACAACAGUCUUCAGACGCUGAAGCGCAGUCGAACGAGAAAGGUUCCUAUAUUGUAACACAGUUCUCAUCAAGUUCGGACGAAGAGUGCGACCAUAGUCCUAAAAUAAAAUUACAAGCUAAGAAAUCAGUAUUCAGUAAACCAAGCACAAGUUCAUCAGAAAUUAAAGAAGAUAAAGAAAAUAAAAGUAUAUUUAAUACUUUCAAAGAUUCCAGUGAAACAGACGAUCAAAUUGUUAAAGAUACAGAAGUAGAUGGCCAUUUUGUAGAAGACGAAUGCAGUGAAACAGUAGAUGAAGUAAAAGCGUUAGUUAAUGAAAGACUUGUUCCUACAAACGAAGAAAAAAUGUCUACUUUAAAUAUUAAUAUGUAUGUUGAUGAUGAAAGAGGUAGUUGUAUCAAAAGGACUUUAAAGAAAAAGAGGAGGAAACAAUCAAAAAGUAAUAUAAGUGUUCCAGUAGAAGUUAAUAAUGAUAAAAGCUUAUUAAAAUAUUGGAUUAAAAGAUAUCAUCUUUUUAGUAAAUUCGAUCAAGGGAUAAAAUUAGAUCGAGAAAGCUGGUUUUCUGUAACUCCGGAGAAGCUAGCAGAACAUAUAGCAGAAAGAUGUAAAUGUGAUACAAUUGUUGAUGCAUUCUGCGGAGCUGGAGGAAAUUCUAUACAAUUUGCAUUUACAUGCGAAAGAGUGAUAGCUAUUGACAUUGAUCCAGAAAAGAUACUACUUGCCCGGAAUAAUGCUCGUAUUUACGGUGUUGAAGACAGAAUUGAAUUUAUUGUUGGUGAUUUCUUACAACUAGCACCAAAAUUAACAGCUGAUGUUGUAUUUCUAAGUCCACCUUGGGGAGGACCAGGUUAUGCGAAAAAUGAAACUUUUGAUCUUGAAAAUAUUAUGCAACCAAUCGGUGGAACAGAAAUAUUUAAAAUAGCAAGAAAAAUUACUGAUCAUGUGGCCUACUAUUUACCUAGAAAUGUAGAUACCAUGCAGAUCGCUAUGCUUGCUGGAGUAGGUUCUGCCGUAGAAGUGGAACAAAACUUCCUUGAAAGAAAAUUAAUAGCUUUAACGGCUUACUAUGGAGAAUUGCCCAGAGAAUGUUAAUUAUGAAAUCAUGUGGAAUAUGAGAGAGAGAAAGAUCUUUAAGUUAACUACCAUGAACAAAAUAAUGGUGUCAUAAUUAUCUGAAAUUAUUAUUUGUAAAUAUUUACAUGUACGUAUCAAUUUGCUUAAACAUAUCUCUCUCAUUUAUCUUUUAUUAGAUUAUAUUAUUAAUAUAAUUAAAUAUAUUUAAUUAUUAAUGCAUUACUUUUAACAAAUGUGUCAAUAUUUUAAAUUUUAUGUAUAUGUAUAUGUAUUUUGUAAUUAAUCUUACUACUUCUCUCUAUUGCUAUUAUAUUGACUUAAUUUAAGCAAAUUGAUACACAAACGACUAAGUUUGUAAUAUCGACUCCGUAUGAUUGAAAAUAACGUUUGUGAAUAAUGUUUAACAAUUUGUCAGUUGAUUCUUCCGUAGUAUUAAUUGUAAGUGUUCAUUAUUUUACUCAAAAUGUAAAUGAAAUCACGAAGAUAUUCAUUUGUAUAUUAUAUUAAUUUUAAUUCAUGACAACAUGUCAACACCUUAAUACAUUCUAAUGUAUAAUUUACAUUAAUUUCCAAACUAUUGUUUUGAUAAUUUUUAUGUACA